AUGUCCUUCCACGCUCCCAACACGCUCGCCUUCCUACUCGAAACCGCCGUGUCAACUCACUCAUCGUCACUCGGCCGAACCAUCCAUGCUUACAUUAUCAAAACCCUCACCUCUCCCAUCCCAUCUUUCCUGUCUAACCACCUCAUCAACAUGUACUCCAAACUCGACCUUUCCAACUCAGCCCAACUGGUCCUCCAGUUCACUCCAAUCCGCUCCCGCUCCGUCGUCACUUGGACGGCCUUAAUCUCUGGUAAUGUCCAGAACGGUCUUUUUGCCUCCGCCUUCCUCCACUUCAAUAACAUGCGACGGGAUUACGUUCAACCUAAUGACUUCACUUUCCCUUGUUUAUUCAAGGCAGUGGCUUCACUUCACAUGCCCAUUGCUGGAAAACAAGUUCAUGGACUUGCUUUGAAAGGCGGCUUGAUAAAUGAUGUCUUUGUUGGGUGCAGUGCUUUUGAUAUGUACUCAAAAACGGGGCUCAAAGAGGAAGCCAUGAAAGUGUUCAAUGAAAUGCCUGAGAAAAACCUCGCCACGUGGAAUGCAUAUAUUUCUAAUGCUGUGCUUCAUGGGCGCCCAAGAAAUGCGAUUGAUGCAUUUAUAGAGUUUCGUCGGGCGGGUGGGGAGCCGAAUUCGAUCACGUUUUGUGCGUUUCUAAACGCCUGCUCAGAUAGUUCUUUGUUGGAGUUAGGGAGGCAGUUACAUGGGUUCGUGGUUAGAUGGGGAUUUGAUGGUAACGUGUCGGUGUGUAAUGGACUUGUUGAUUUUUAUGGCAAGUGUAAAGAGGUUGGUUUUUCGGAGAUGGUUUUUAAUGGGAUUAAUGAAAAAAAUGAUGUUUCUUGGUGUUCAAUGGUGGCUGUUUAUGUACAAAAUGAUGAGGGAGAGAAGGCAUGUGAGUUGUUUCUGAGUGCAAGGAAAGAAGGGGUUGAGCCAAAAGAUUUUAUGGUUUCAAGUGUGCUAAGUGCUUGUGCAGGAAUGGCAGGACUUGAAUUGGGUAGGUCAGUUCAUGCACUUGCUGUCAAGGCGUGUGUUGAGGGAAAUAUAUUUGUUGGCAGUGCACUUGUUGAUAUGUACGGAAAAUGUGGGAGUAUAGAGGAUUCGGAACUAGCAUUCAAAGAGAUGCCUGAGAGGAACUUGGUUUGUUGGAAUGCGAUGAUUGGUGGGUAUGCACACCAAGGCCUUGCUGACAUGGCUUUGGCACUGUUUGAAGAAAUGGUAUCAGAAAGGUUUGAAGUAAUGCCAAAUUAUGUGAGCUUGGUGUGUGUAUUAGCAGCUUGUAGCAGAGCAGGGGCAGUGAAAAUGGGCAUGCAGAUUUUUGAGUCUAUGAGAGGAAAAUAUGGGAUUGAGCCAGGGGCUGAGCAUUAUGCUUGUAUGGUGGACUUGUUGGGAAGAGCUGGAAUGGUAGAGCGUGCUUAUGAGUUUAUUAAGGAAAUGCCAAUGCGUCCAACAAUUUCUGUUUGGGGCGCCCUUUUAAAUGCCUGUAGGGUUUAUGGGAAGCCAGAAUUGGGUAAAAUUGCUGCCGAUAAUUUGUUUGAACUUGAUCCAAAAGACUCCGGCAACCAUGUGCUGCUGUCAAAUAUGUUUGCAGCAGCUGGCAGGUGGGAAGAAGCUGACCUUGUGAGAAAAGAAAUGAAGGUUGUCGGGAUAAAAAAGGGUGCAGGUUGCAGCUGGAUAACCGUUAAAAAUAGGGUCCACACCUUCCAAGCAAAGGAUACUUCCAAUGAAAGGAAUUCUGAGAUUCAGGCAAUGCUAGCUAAGCUCCGAGAGGACAUGAAGGCUGCCGGCUAUGUACCAGAUACCAGUUUUGCUCUUUAUGAUUUAGAAGAAGAAGAGAAAAUAACAGAAGUUGGAUACCACAGUGAGAAGAUUGCACUUGCCUUUGGGCUUAUAGUUAUCCCUCCUGGAAUACCUAUACGAAUCACAAAGAAUCUUAGAAUCUGUGGAGAUUGCCACAGUGCCUUUAAGUUUAUAUCAGGCAUUGUUGGCAGGGAAAUCAUUGUAAGAGAUAAUAAUCGGUUUCAUCGCUUCAGAGAUGGACACUGUUCUUGUAGAGAUUAUUGGUGACAGGUUAGAUAGCUUUCAGAAGCCAACCACCCCCCUUUCGUUACAAACAACUU